GGGCUGUUCAUGAUAUUCGAGAGACAUGCAGGCAAUAUUGAAAAUGAGACUAUACAGACCUCACUGUAUGAAACAGAUCAAUGAGACCGUCUCAUUGAGACCCGACGGUCAGGACUUGCAGUCCAAUUGUAUAUUGAGUUAAGUCAAGCCUGGGCGAACUCGAGUCGCGAAUAGUCCUGGGUCAUCGGUGGCGUCGCGGUCGCGGUCCGAAUACAUGAGUUUUCGUUCCAUGUCUGAGCGUAAAGUAGCUGUUGAAGGAUUCUGAUGAUUCUUAAAUGAAAUAUUGUAAGAGAUGGAAAUUUGGCCAAUCUCGCUUCGGCUAGCAUUCAAAGUGAGUACGCUGCUCGAAACGCACGGGGCUUGGGAAACGGCGUGAUUUUCCGUUCAGUGCUUUAUUCACUACUCUUGAUAGUCCGAAGUUCCAAUUUGACUGGUGGAAUUUCAUGCCUGCUCCGCUUUCUCCGGCUCCGAAUUAGGUAUCGUAACCCGGAUGAUGGAUAAAAUCUGGUGUUAUAUUAAGCGCUUGCGUAUGAAAUAUAGGCAUGGAUUCAAGAUGGCUUCUAGCUACUGCCUGUAUAUAGAGUCGCGUUUGCGCCGACCACACGGCCGCGGCAGUCACACCAAUAUCUCUUAGGGUAGUCACGGCGAUCGCGAUCAAAAUGAGGCUCUCUUCACUUGCUACCAUCUUGGCACUUGGUGCACUCCAGGCUGUCGCCACCCCAACGCAGCCCGACUUGGCUCCCCGGGCCACGCCUACGGUCUAUCUAUGCGGUGAUAGCACGAUGGCCAACAGAGGCGCCAACGAUGGGGCUACGGAUGGCUGGGGCCAAUACUUCGGAACCUAUUCCACAGUGACUGUGGUCAACAAGGCCAUCGGCGGCCGCUCAGCUCGCUCUUACUGGAACGAAGGGCGAUUCCAAGAGGUCGCUAACCUCGUUAAAUCCGGCGAUAUCGUCGUCAUUGAAUUUGGACACAACGACGGAGGCUCGCCUAGGUCGAACGACAACGGUCGAUCCGCCUGCCCUGGCACCGGUACGGAGACAUGUACUUCAGACAAAACGGGCGAGGUCGUGUAUACAUUCGUAUUCUACGUGAUCCAGGCCGCGAAGCUCAUGACGGCUAAGGGGGCGACUGUUAUCUUGAGCUCCCAAACCCCCAACAACCUUUGGGAGACGGGAACCUUCGUCGGCGGUGCGCCACGAUUUGUGGGCUAUCAAUUAACGGCGCAGAAGGCAUUGAGUAGCAGCAGCGUCACCUUUGUUGACCACUUCCAGGCUGUAGCUAACACCUACCAAAAGAUUGGAAACUCUGCAACAAAUGCCCUCUACCCGAGAGACCACACUCAUACUAGCCCCCAAGGUGCCAGCUUGGUUGCGCAGGCUUUCACGCAGGCCAUUUACCAAUCGAUGAAUGGCACUACAUCACUCAAGAACUACAUCAAAAACCCGCCAACAGUGUACUAAAGCCUAUAGUCGUAGAUAGCACUCAUCAAUGUCAAACCCUACAUUCCAUGCACUUUGGUAGGCUAUGAGGCCGGCCAGGGCGCAUAAGGAAUCACGUUCAGUGGUUUUUAUGCCGUAGUAACGAAGUUCAUCUAUCGGCGCUACCAAGAGAUACAGCAACCGGCAAAUAGUAAUUUAUUUGGAUCACGAUGUCUAAGAUAGCAGCGAAAGAAAUCUCAAGAAAUACAGAAACAUCGACAACUUUGCCCAGCAACAUAGGGUUGAUUUUCAUCCCGCUAGUCGAGGAACCGGCAACAGAUCACGUUUGCUCCUGAAAUAACGGCGGCAAUGAAGGUCCUUGAUCUUUAGGGCACUACGCCUUAGACACUUAGCAAACAUGUGAAGUGCAGUAUUGGGAUUCUAU